AUGGCGGCAAUGGCUAAUCUGACGAAUACCAUGGAGGCUAAUGCUGCUGCGACUCUGCAAGUUGUGCAGAGGUUAGGCCAACCGGUGGGGAACAGAAAUGAGAAUGGUGAAAGGAAUGCUAAUGAUAAUGCUGAAGGGAACAGCGACAAUAUGGGAGGUGCUCCGAUGACCUUGGCAACUUUUUUCAAGCUUGCGGUAGAGCCCCAGCAUUGGUGGCAAGCCGAGUGCUGCUUGCUACAGCUUCAGAAUGCCGAUGUUCCGUGGGAUGUUUUCCAAACAGCCUUCUACAAGAAGUAUUUUCCUGAGUCUGCAAGGGAAGCGAAAGAGAUGGAACUAAUGCAGCUGAAGCAAAGUUCUUUAUCUGUGGCGGACUACACAAACAAGUUUGAGGAGCUUUGUAGGUUUUCAAGGGUGUGUCAGGGUGCCCCGGAGACCUACGAGAGCUGGAAGUGCAUCAAGUACCAGAGGAGGUUGAAGGACAACAUUAUGACUGCGGUGGCUCCAAUGGAAAUUCGUACUUUUUCUGAUUUGGUGAACAAGGCGAGGGUGGUUGAGGAGUAUGCCAAGACAGUGGCUGCAUCCAAGGACACUCAUGGAGGAAGUUAUAGUCGGGGAUGUGGCAAGCAUUUCCAUCCGAUGGGUGGUUGCUUCAAGUGUGGGUUGCCUGGCCACAUUACGAGGGAUUGCACUCGUGGGAGGAACCAGAAUGCGGGCCAAAGUCAGCAUCAAGGUCGAGUCUUUGCUGUGAACGCCAAGGAUGCUUCUAAGGCGGAUCCUUUGAUGAGAGGUAUAUGUCUUAUUGGUGAUAAAACUUUAGUUGCAUUGUAUGAUACUGGAGCUUCGCAUUCGUUUAUUUCAUUUGCUAAAGUUGAGGAACUAGGCUUGAAAGUGUCAGCACUAGCAUUUGAUCUGCAUAUACUGGUGGUUAGAGAUUUUCCAGAGGUGUUCCCGGAAGAUAUCCCUGAGUUUUCACCUCAAAGGGAGAUUGAAUUUGCAAUUGAAUUGGUGCCGGGAGCCAGACCAAUAAGGGUGAAGGAGGAUGAUAUCCCUAAGACUGCGUUUAGGACGCGCUGUGGGCACUACGAGUUUGCGGUUAUGUCCUUUGGGUUAACAAAUGCACCUACUAUUUUCAUGGAUUACAUGAACAGGGAGCGAAAAUUAUAUGCUAAGUUGUCGAAGUGCGAGUUCUGGAAGAAGGAAGUAAAGUUUCUAGGUCACGUGGUAAGCAAAGAAGGGAUAGCGGUGGAUCCUUCUAAAGUGGAGGCGGUGAUGGAGUGGGAAAGAUCAACAACUAUGACGAAGGUCAGAAGUUUCUUAGGCUUAGCCGGAUAUUACCGGAGAUUUAUUGAAGGGUUUUCUCGGAUUGUGCUACCGAUGACGAAAUUAACAAGGAAAGAUGUGCCGUCUGUGUGGACGUCGGAGUGUGAAGAGAGUUUUCAAAUUUUGAAGCAGAUGUUAACUUCAGCACCUGUUUUAAUCUUGCCGAAACUGCAUGAACCGUUCGAAGUGUACUGUGAUGCUUCCUUGAAGCAUUUGGGUUGCGUGUUAAUGCAACACCGAAAUCUGGAUGUUGGUGAGGUUACCAGAAGAGCUUGUUUGAGCCAGUUACAGAUCUCAAGCACGUUUAAAUCAGAGAUACAAAGUGCUCAGCAUGAUGAGCAAAAGCUUCAGCAGUUAUUCAAACCAAUUAGUGAGGAAAGGCUUGGAGAAUUUGCCAAGGAUGAUGAAGGGUUGUGGAGAUAUAAAGGGAGAAUUUGCAUACCGAAUGUCGGGAGUUUGAGGCAAGACUUAUUCUCGGAAGCUCAUAACAGUGGGUUUUCCAUUCAUCCCAGAAGCACAAAGAUGUAUUAUGACUUGAAGAAGCUGUUCUGGUGGCCUGGGAUGAAAGGUGAUGUAGCUACAGUGGUGUCCAAGUGUUUAACUUGCCAGAAGGUAAAGAUAGAGCAUUAG